CAUUUUGGUAUAAAAUGAGUGCGCCGUCUACAUACUGCAUCAGUAGCACUGCUAGCCGGUCCAACAAUGUCUCUUAAGGUUAUAUUCUUCGCCGCCUUCGUUUCAAUUGCAAGCGCCUGGAACGUGGAGUCCAUCCCAUCGGCUUUAAGGCUCUCAGUCUCCCAGCCAGCUCCAGCUGUCAGCUUAGUCUCACCAGCCGUCACCAAAACCGAGUACACGCCAGGAUCGUACUCGUCCUCUUACAGAAGCGAUAUCAUCACUCCGCGUUUGAAGUACACCGAAACCCCAGGCGUCCGUAUCACGGUACCGCAGCCAAGCAUCGCCAUCGCACCGGCCGUAACCCGCCUCGAGCACGUCCUCCCUGCAGUGGAAAGGAUCGAAAAGAUUGUACCGGUCGCACGAGUCGAACCGCUGAUCGCAGCCCGCUUCGAGCACCUCGCUCCCACGUUGGAGAGAGUCGAAAAGAUCGCUCUCCCCGCUCCUCUCUUCACCGAGAAGAUCGCAAGAGUUGAGCAUCUCGCCCCGCUCACGAGAAUCGAGCACCUCUCUACGCCGGUCAUUGCGAAGACCUUCGCCGGUCCACUUCUGCGUUCCGAUCUUGGAUUAGUCGCACCAUCCGCUUUCACCUACGGUGUUGGUAGAUUGGAUUUGGGCCAAAAGAUUCACUUCUGAAGAUAAUGGACCUGUGUAGUACUACUUCAUGUUGA